AUGUAAUUUAAAAAUUCAAAGAUAAAAAGAUUGCACAAUUAGGCAAUACCUGAUAAUCUCUCACCUGAAAAGCAAUCUUCAAUGCUUGAAAUAUACGGAAAUAUAGAGAGUUAUGAACAAUACUCAACAUAUUAAAGUGAAAUCGAAAGUAUACCAUGCAACUAGAGGAUUUUUUCGUAAUAGUAAUUAAGCUUGAAUAAUUUUAGUGCUUUUUCAGAAACAAAUAUAGAUUAUAAUAAUUAAAACAAUCUGCUAUCAUUUCCUGAGGGAUUGGAUUAUUAACAAUUGAUUUUUAGUUCGAAAAAUAGCUCUUUUGAAAGCUUAGAUGAAGAAAAAAGUAGGGACUAGUAGAAGAAAGAUUAAAAACCUCUUGCUUAACAAGAAGAGACGAAUUUGUUGGUUAAAAAGAGCUAUCAGGCUAUGCUAAUAUAAAAUGGUAAUCCAUAAAAAAUUCUGCGGUUGAAUAAAAAGUUCUAUUUGUUUUUAGAUUAAAUGAUCGACUUAGAGUAUUUUGAAAAUUUAAAAUCUCCAGGUAAUUACUUAGAAAAUAGCGAGUGUGUAUAACUAACGAAAGGAUUUAGAUUAAUAAAUUAAAUCACUCAUCGUGUUGAUAAUAAAUUUAUAGAAGUGGAUAUGGAAUACGUAACUAGAUAACCUCACAGCAUAGAAUAUAUUAUAUAAUUUUUAUAGUCUCUUGGAAAUAAGGAUUUGAUUAAAUAUGUAAAUUGUUUGUUAGAGUUUUAAAAAAAUAUAGAUAAUUGCUAAUAGCUCAUAAAAUAAUAGGCUCUUAAUAUGAAUUUUCUCGAGCAUAGGCUGGAGAGAAAAAAAGCAGCCGAUGAUUAAUUUAAAUAAUUAACUUCUUAAUUAGACCCUCAAAAACUUUAUUUUUAUCAAAGGUACUCUGUAAAUUAUGAGACUUGCCAAUACGAGUCAACAGUAGCAGGUUACUCACCAGCAUUAUAUGAAGUUAUAGACAACGGAUCUUAUUCGUUUUUAGAAUAUCUCUCAAAAUACGGUUACUUUGAUCCUAUGUCAUCUUUAUUUAGAUUAGGCGAUUGCUUUUACAGAACUUGCUAUUUUGCAAACAAUUUACCAUAAGAAUUCGAUGAAGAACUUAAUAAAUUGGCUAAUCUAGAAUUAGUAACAGUGGAUAACUUCAAAUUCCCAGUUACAAUGAAGCUUGAUCACCAUUAUUUAGAAUAAUAGUAUGAUAUAUAAAACAAUUUAUAAAUGAAUUUUUGCGACUUGCUUGCUAUCUAUGAAUUUAACUUUAAAGAUUUAUAAGUUUACUAAAAUUUGUAAGAAGCAAGAAAAAGUAAUAUUAAUAAUUAAAACAAGCUAGAAACAAUUUUAGGAGAUAAUGUUGAUUGGGAAUAAUUCGACUACAUACAAACUUAAUUCUUCAAAAAGUAUUAUUAAGAUUAAAUUUCUAAUCUAGUAAAGAAAGGAAAUAAAUGGUAUAAAAGAUGUGGGUUUGUAGAAAUACCCACAAAAAAGCAAAAGAAAGAAUUUUGA